AUGCAUCCCCCACCCGGGUGCAAACGAUCACAGGCGAAGGUUCGGCAUAAACUUCAAGUCGACAUCCGAAGCUACCAGAGACACCGUGUCGAGGGAACAGUAUGCCUUGAAGGGAGGGAUAUCUGUCAAUGGUGUGAUUCGGCCACGCGAUCGCCUCUGGGAGGUAUUGAGGUCACUGGAAUCUUCCAAAAGGCCAAUCGGACUUCAACAGGUGGCUUGGAAAAAGACGGCAAUGCUUCUGCAGGUGGCUUGAUAGUUGAUAACUUUUGCCAUUCUCUGACCCAGCUAGCCAUGAGCUACCGAGCAAUAUCCCGAAGCACACCACGAAAUGAUCUCAAACGAGCGUGGGGUUGCGGAAUGGUGGUUGAACAAGAAUAUGCUCACUUGGAAGAAUGUGUCUAUAGAACCCUGAACUGCAUCUAA